AAUCAUGACAGAAGAAUUCCACCUUGGCUGGUCAGAGCCUUAGAGCAGCAGGAAUUCUGAGUGGGGUCAGGGAAGGAACAGGAGCCCAAAUCCCCAGUGCCCCCCAAUCCUCACCCAUUAGCAAACCUACAGUUCUGCCUGCAAGUGCCCAUUGACUAAUUAUGUAACUUGAGCUUAGGGGAGAGACUGAAGGAGACCCCCUAUCCCCUCAGUCACUUAAUACACUGAUGCUCCAGGCAAAAAAACUCUGCCAGAUGGCACUGCAAACCAUACCCAAGGACACUAGCUGUGGGACUUUAAUCGAGUGCCUGCCACUUCCUGGGCCUCAUCUUUCCCAUAUAGAAUAGGAGGGGACUGGCGGAGGGUGGACUCUGCCCCUGGGGGCCAGAGUUUGGGGAUGCCCUUGGCUGACAUUCUCUGGGCCUUUAGCCUCGACCUCUCAGGGCAAGGCCUGAUGUGGGCACUGGCCCCCUCUCUAGGGCGCCCUGGCCCAUUUGCUCGUGGUCCAUGAUGUUUUUUUGUUGGGAACGGUUUGAUGUUGAGGCUGCCUACAGGCUCCCUGACCCCAGAGAGUCAGCAGUCCUCAGGCCCUGCCUUAAAGUGGGCGGCAACUUUCAAAACCUGGAAGAAGAGGAGAUGGGAGGAAGUCCAAGAAGAUGUCGCCGAGGACGAGCAAGAAGAUUACGAGGAAGAGGAGAAGCCUCGACCAAAACUCACUGCUCCUAAGAUCCCAGAAGGAGAGAAAGUCGAUUUCGAUGACAUCCAAAAGAAGCGGCAGAAUAAGGACCUGAUUGAGCUUCAGGCCCUGAUUGACAAUCACUUUGAAGCCCGGAAAAAGGAGGAGGAGGAGCUGAUUGCUCUCAAGGAGAGAAUCGAGAAGCGCAGAGCCGAGAGAGCCGAUCAGCAGAGAAUCCGGGCAGAGAAGGAGAGAGAGCGGCAGAACAGACUGGCUGAGGAGAAGGCCAGGCGAGAGGAGGAAGAAGCCAAGCGAAGGGCAGAGGAUGACCUGAAAAAGAAGAAGGCUCUCUCAUCCAUGGGGGCCUCAUACAGCAGCUAUCUAGCAAAGGCUGACCAGAAGAGAGGCAAGAAACAGACUGCCCGUGAGAUGAAGAAGAAGGUCCUGGCUGAGAGACGCAAGCCGCUCAACAUUGAUCACCUGGGCGAUGACAAACUGAGGGACAAGGCCAAGGAGUUAUGGGAUACACUCUACCAGCUGGAGACUGACAAGUAUGAAUUUGGGGAGAAACUGAAAAGGCAGAAGUAUGAGCAGCAAAAAGGCUGGCGCCAAGGGCAAGGUCGGCGGACGCUGGAAGUAAAGUGGAGAGAGCGCCUCCAGAGCAGAGAUGGGUCUUCCCGCUGCAAGCCACCCCCUCUCCUGACGCUGUUGUUCCCCCUGGCUCCCACCUCCCAGUCUGGCUCCCCUACUGCUGUCUUCCCUCCAGAGUUCCGGGAGAUAUCCCAAAGAGGAAAAGGAGGCGCCUCCUAGAGCAGCCGAACAGACACGACGUCCCCCUGGUCCCCAGACCCUCAUCUUCUCCCAGCCCCGCCGCCUCUGCCAGCCACCCCCUCCAGGGACUUCUGGCCUCCCCUCUGUGGGGCUUGUAAAUAAAGCUCAAAUGACCCCC